ACUGAUAACAUACGAGAAAGCUCCUCGUCCGGCGGCCUCCGGUCAGUCGCCUAUAUCGACAGGACCACGAUGCCUAACCAAUACCGUCUCCUCGUCCGUCAUGCCCAUCAAGUGGUGCAAGUGGUCAGGAACGGCGAAAAAUGUCUCAAGGGAGAGGCGAUGAAGAAAGUAGCCGUUAUGCUGGCUGAAGACGGCGUUGGACUUAGCUUGGUCGUGGAUAAGCACGGCAAACUCGCUGCUGUCGGUAAAGACAACGUAAUCGAAGCCAGUUUCAAGCACGCCGCCUUCGACAAGGUCAUUGACGCCAGUGGCUGCUGCAUCCUCCCUGGACUUGUAGACUCUCACACACACCCAGUAUGGGCAGGAGACAGAGUGCACGAAUUCGCAAUGAAACUAGCCGGAGCAACGUACCUCGAAAUACACGCCGCUGGUGGCGGCAUCCACUUCACAGUCGACAAAACCAGAGCAGCGUCAGACCGGGAGCUUCUGGAGUCCCUCUUGAAGCGGUUCGACAACAUGCUCCGCUCUGGAACAACGCUCGUUGAAGCUAAGUCUGGCUAUGGCUUGGACACGGAAACGGAACUGCGCCUCCUUAAAACCCUAGAGGCAGCAAAAGGCAGGACAGCGCUUGAGAUCUCCAGUACUUACUGUGGUGCUCACGCUGUCCCUAAGGGAAAGACAAUGGAGGAAGCAACUCAGAACAUUAUCUGCGAGCAGAUCCCGGAAAUCCAUCGUCUGAUGGCAGAAGGUGUCCUUGAUGUUGAAAACAUCGAUGUGUUCUGCGAGAAAGGAGUGUUUGAUGUAGAAAGUUCUCGAAAAAUCCUGCAGGCAGGAAAAGACAUCUCUUUGAGAAUAAACUUUCACGGCGAAGAACUGUCCAACAUUGGGGGCGCAGAGAUGGGAGCCGAGCUCGGAGCCACCGCAAUCUCUCAUCUGGAGUGUGUAUCCAAGAAAGGCAUUCAAGCCAUGGGCCAGAGCAACACGACAGCUGUUAUUUUACCAACUACGGCGUUUAUUCUUCGUCUUGAGUCGCCACCAGUCCGGGACAUGAUCGAAGGAAACGUUCCGGUGGCUUUAGGGUCAGACUUUAACCCCAACGCGUAUUGCUUUUCCAUGCCCAUGGUGAUGCACAUGGCAUGUGUGAUAUGUCACAUGAGCCUUCCAGAAGCACUAGUAGCGUCAACCAUAAACGGUGCAGCGGCUCUGGGCAGGGCAGAAACGCAUGGGUCGUUGGAGGUUGGAAAGAUGGCCGACCUUCUGCUUGUAGAGGCUCCGUCGUGGGAGCACCUGAUUUAUCAGUUUGGCAGUCACGACCGUAUCAUCAAGUACGUCGUCAAAUCUGGAACAGUGGUGCAUCAGAGAAGCAAUUGACUUCGAGAAGAAAAUGCCUGAAAUCGUGUCUCUGAAGGGAAAAUAAUAAAAUCAACUCGAUAAUUUCGUGGA